AAAUCAAAAUGAAAUUCAACCUUUCUUUGCUACUUUUCACCCUUAUUGCCGUUGCCUAUAUUGGCGAUAUUUGUCAAACCUCUUUUGAUUGCUCUAGGGGUGAACAAUGUAAUUAUAUAACACAUACAUGUAGGGGUACCCCUGCUGAUUUUUUUCCAGUUUAGGUUCGGUCUCAGUUCGGUUUCAUCUUGCAAACCUCAAAACUGGGUUUUUUAUAUAGGUUAAACCAAUUAUCCAAACCGGUUUGAAACUUUUUUUAAACUUAGUUUACAAAUAGUUUAGAAUAAGUUUAUAAAUU